UGUUUACUCUGUGCAUCGGGGUGGAACGCCAACCAUGCCGUCCGACGAGAGCGAAAGCGAACGAGAAGAGAAGGAGGAUCGACGAGAUCGCCGGGAAAAACGGGAAGAGAAAAGACGUGACAAGGAUGACGACCGCGAGCGCGGAGGCGCCGCGGCUGGGGCCAUGCGCCACUUGACCGGUGCCCUCAGUGCCUCCGUCCGCGACGGGCGCGGCGCGCGCGACGGGCCCUAUGACCGGCCGGGCACCAACGGCGCCAACGGUGCGGCGACCGCACGCGGGGCGCCGGAGAUGGGAGCAGAUGGGAAAGGUCGGGGCCGGAUGGCCAUUCUGCCACCCCCGAAGAAGACCAUGGAUCGCUCGAGGACUUGUCCCUUCCUGCUCCGCAUCUUCCGCAAGAUCGGUGGACACCAUGGGAUCGAGGCUUUUGCUGAGCGUGGGAAGGAGCCUGUGGAGUGCGAACUGCAGGUCUACGCUUGGCCUGACGUGACCCUACGAGAGCUGGCUGACUUGAUCAAAGAUGUGGCCCCGGAGGCGAGAGAUCCGAAAGUUCGCUUGGCCUUCAAUCUGAUCUACCCAGACAAGAGCGGCAAGAACGUGAGCACCACUUUGGGCACCGUGACCUGCUCCAAGCGCGGCCAGGACGAUGACAAGGCUCUGUCGUCUUCGAAAUUCCAAACAGGUGAUUUGUUGGAUUUGGCGAUCCUCCAAUGAUCAGGAGCUCAUUUUGGCUUAUGAGCCCGUCAUGGUCAUGGCGCGGCGAGACGAACGAACUGCGCAGAAAUGGGACUCCGAAGGGGCACUGAGUUCAAGCCUGGCGUGGUGUAGUGCAAACGUAGAGAAAA